UUAUAUGGGCGUAGCUGCACUAGCAGUAUAGGUCUACUAUAGAGAUUAGUGGAGUCAAUUCAACAGCUAGCGUUGGUCUACUCUCUGCUGCUAGCAUUUAUUUAACUGGCUCAGUACUGAAGAAAGACAGAAGGCUCAAUUACAUGCCUUACUGAGUCAGCUGAUACUCAUCAAAUAUUACUUGCUCUCUACCUCAGAUCGAUGGUAUCCGCCAUGGUAAAAAUGAAGUUUUUUUUCAUUACAUUUGUGUUGGCAGUGAUCAUUUCUUCCUCAAAUUGUCAAGAUCAAACUGUUUUCGAGUUUCUACCCCUGGGUAAUGUGUCUACCGUGGUAACGGAUGAAUUGGGACACUUUGAUGACUCAGUUUCCCAAGUAAUACACAUUCCUGGAGGAUUCCCAUUCGGUAAUCGGAAUCACAACCAAGUCUAUAUCGGUGCAAAUGGAUAUUUCUCAUUUGAAGAACCAUUCUACUCUGCAAGUCCAGUAGAGUUUCCAGGAACUACGGUAUCAGCUUACUACAUCGUAGCUCCAUUUUGGGAUGAUGUUGAUAUUCGACGAAGAGGCAAUAUCUUCUUUGAGGUUCACACUUCUAACGCAAGUUCUUCUCUUUUUUCGAAAGUCAACAACUUUAUAGCUCCUGAGGGAUCCUUCACGGGGACUUGGAUGGUGGUAGCUCAAUGGGAUAUGGUUCACUCAUGGCCUGAUGGAGAGAGUGAUGGCUUUCGUCAAUUUGCCCUUACUGUUUUUGGAAUUGAUUCUUCCUUGGUCAACACCUUCCAAGCGAUUCUUAUUACUGACGGGACUGCAUCAUACACAGUCUUCACUUACCGAUGUGGCAGUAUGCAAUGGUCUCUGAAUGGUGCCACUAUCGGCUACAAUGCAGCUGGUGACUAUUUUGAAAACCAUCCCAACACUGGAAGCUUUGUCUCUCAUGAAAUUGCUUGUCUCAACAGUCCCAGUUCAGAGUGGUUUAAUGUGGUCUAUAACAUCAGCGUGGACACACCUGGAACACUAGCCCCUCCCCCUACUGUCGAACCAGCACAACUCAGCUAUCUGGAUUAUCUUGCCUAUGGUUCGAAUUAUCUUGAGAGAUGUAGGAACUGUAGUUCUCCACCUAUACUGCUAGAUAGCCCUGGACUACCAUUUGGAAGCUACUAUCAUGACACUGUUUACGUGGGAAACAACGGGAUAUUUUCCUUUGGAGAGCCUCUCCUCGAGAACAGUCCAUCAGAAUUCCCAACACUGCAAGCUUCUACAUACUACGCUUACAUUGUUGCACCUUUCUGGUCUGACAUCGACACAAGACUCAAUGGAAGUGUCCGCUGGCAAGUUUAUUCUCCGGACAGUGAUGACGAAGAUGUACUGAUCAGCAGAGUUGAAGAGUUCAUUAAUAUUGAGCUUGGCCAGGACUCUAUCACCAAUGCCAACUGGAUGCUGGUAGCCACUUGGGUGGGUGUUCAUCCUUUCCCUCACGGCAAUUCUGUUGAGGAAGAUCGAUUGGACCCUUAUCUGCAAAGGGAAAACACUUUUCAAGGCAUUAUCAUCUCUAAUGGCACCAAAGUGUAUGCAGUAUUCACGUAUGUCUGUGAAGACAUGGAAUGGUCUGAUGCUGCUGUGGUUGGAUACAACGCUGGGGGUGAACUCUAUCAAAAUCAUCCACUGAGCGGAAAGCUAGAAUCAAAGCUGAUUGGUUGUGUUCAUGCACCUGGUACACAGUCUAACAAUGUUGUGUAUGAUUUAUCCGAGGGAGUGACGAAUGGUACAACUCCGGAACCCUUUGACACUGUUGGCACAUGUGCUGGUGCCGGAUACACGGAGUGCUGUGACUUAAAUGUGGAUAAUUGUUUUGGAUCCGCACCAGCCGACUGCUUUUGUGAUGUUAUCUGCCUGAACUUUGGGGACUGUUGUCGGGAUCAGCCAGACAUCUGUCAAACUGACUUCACCACAAGCAAUGAAACCUACUUACUCUAUUCUGACCAUUUUUACAUUGGGAGGCUUAGUCUGGAUGGUGAAAUAUUUGACACACUGCCCUUUACCACACUUCGAGAUGCUUCUGUCUUGGACUUUGACUAUGCGCGUGACUUCCUGUAUUGGUAUGACAACAUUGAGGAAGGAAUUUUCCGAUCUGGCUUGGACGGCUCUGAUCUGGUUAAGUUGGUCAAUACCUCAUCUCUUGGUGUAAUAGAGGACUUAGCUGUUGAUUGGGUGAGUAACAAACUCUACUGGACUGAGACUCUAUACAGAAGAAUAGAAGUGCUGGACCUGGAGACUUUGGUAGUUGCACCAGUCUUGGAUGCUGAUCCUCACUCUGGAAUAAGAGGCAUUGCUGUGGACCCAACCACAAGGUACAUGUACUGGACUGACUGGGGUGAGCCUGCUAAGAUAGAGAGGUCCUCCAUGGACGGUGCUGACAGGACAACUCUUCACAGCACGGGACUGGGUGAACCCAAUGGGAUAACCAUCGACUAUCAGACUCAGACCAUCUACUGGACAGACUCUGUCCUGGGAGUGAUUGACUACUCUAACACUGAUGGGACCAACAGACGUCGAUUGCAGACAAACUUGCGCUAUCCCUACGCCAUCACAAUGGAGGGGAGUCUGGUGUUCUUCACCGACUGGAUUGAUGUGGGCGUACAUGCUACACACAAACUGGAUGGUGACAAUGUGACAAAGUUCGUGAAUGCUUUCACAAUAAGACCAGCUGGGAUUGAGGCUAUUGCGUCUAAUCGGCAAGCUGAAGGCAUUGACAUGUGUGAUGUCGGCACUGGUUGUGAUCACAUGUGCCUGCUCAGCAGUACAGAUGCGAGAGGCUACAGCUGUAUCUGUAAGGAAGGCUAUGUGUUGGAUAGUGAUGGGCAGAACUGCACGUUUGUCAGCAUAGUAGAACCUCCAGAAUUUGGAACAUGUGGAGCUGCUGCCUACAACGAAUGCUGUAGUGGUGGUUACUGCGCAGGUAGUCCACCAAACUGCUUCUGCGACACACAGUGUCAUUCCCGUGGUGAUUGCUGUAUUGAUAUCGGAGACACCUGUCCCGUAGAACCUAGUUCAUGCAGUGCUGCUGGCUAUGAUACCUGCUGUACUAAUAAUAUAUUUGGAUGUUCCGGAGUGUCAGAUGGAACCGCUUGCUACUGUGAUGAAAGCUGUAGAUCUUUUGGGGACUGCUGUGAUGACUUUGACACAAUAUGUCCACUACCCACCACAGAGCCUCCUCCAACAUUGUUUCCUCCGAUAAAUGACACGAGUGUGUUCCAGUUCCUCACUCUGAACAACACUGCGGGAGUGACUGCCGAGUUUGUUGGUCACUUUGAUGACGGAGUGUCACAUGCUAUCCUCAUUCCACAGGGCUUCCCGUUUGGAGACUUGCACCACGCUUUCAUAUUCAUCAGUACCAAUGGCAUCAUCUCCUUCAGUGAGCCUUUCUAUGUUGCUGGUUCGCAGUUGUUUCCAGGCUUCUCAACUACAGUAUCAGAUAGCUAUCUCGUGGCUCCAUUCUGGUCCGAUGUGGACAUACGACUAUCUGGUGACAUCAAGUAUGAGGUGCACAGUAAUGACACUGGACUGGUGGGAUCAGCUGAGCUUUUAAAAAAUAUAAGUGACUUUAUUUCGAUUAAAGCGAGUGUGGAAUUCAUUGGGUCGUGGAUGCUUGUUGUAUCGUGGGAAGAUGUUCAUCCCUGGCCAAAUGGUGAAGGGAAUGCUUUUCUAAAUCUAAUAUAUCCUGAUUUUGGAUCUGUAAACUCGUUUCAAGGGAUUAUUAUCACUGACGGUGUUAAUUCAUACUCACUGUUCACAUACAAGUGUGGGGAGAUGGAGUGGUCAAGACAGGGUGUGAUUGGAUUCAAUGCCGCAGGACAAUCUUACGAAAACCACCCCCUCUCUUCAGAGGUCUUCAUCGGAGUUCCCCCAAUCGCUUGCUCCAACAGUGCCAAUAGCGAAUGGACGAAUGUAGUGUACAAAUUGAAAGUGACCAAUUCCACUGCCCCACCCACUGUGGAACCCCCUCAAUCCAGCUACCUAGGAAUGCUGGACUACAUUGCUAGCGGCAAUGUCCCCGCAUUCCUUGAUCCAUGUCAGAACUGCACUAGUGGUGCUAUAUCUAUCCCUGACUUCCCGUUUGGUGAUUACUUCCACAAUACAGUAUAUGUUGGAACGAACGGUAUUAUCUCUUUCAGCCAAGAAUUUCACAAGGGCCUACCAGAAGCUUUCCCUUCCGAAACCGACCUCACAGUGUAUAGAUCAUUCCUAGUGGCCCCAUACUGGUCAAACAUUGACACCAGGUUGGAUGGACGGGUCAGUUAUCAGAUACUGGUAUCUAGUGAAGGGGGAAGUGAGGUGUCCAAUCGAUUUGAACAAGUUUCCAGCUUUAUCAAUAGUGAAAGUGACCCUAAUUUUGCCGGAGCAACUUGGAUGCUUGUUGCUACCUGGUAUAAUGUACAUCCUGAUCCCCAUGGUGACUCAGCGGAGCAGGACAGACAAGAUCCAUACCUACAGUCGACAAACAAUUUUCAAGCUGUCCUCAUAUCCAAUGGCACGAAAGCCUACUCUAUCUUCACAUAUGAAUGUGACACUAUGGAAUGGUCUGGUGAAGCCACUAUAGGAAUCAAUGCUGGCGGAAGCUGGUACAGAUCUCACCCACUAAGUGGGCGUGUCCAUUCCAAUGCUAUCGACUGUGUCCACACUAGUACAGAUCAGUCAUUAAAAAUUAACAAUGUUGUGUAUGACUUGGCUCCAGUAGUACCCGUGGGAACAGUACCACCACCAAUUGAGAGACUUGAGAUACCCUUUGUUAUUGGGACUUCUGGUAUACCGACUUUGUCCGUACCACGGUUUGAUGAUGGAGCUAGUGAUGCCAUUGAAAUUAGCUUGCAAGGAGGAUUCCCAUUCGCAAACAGUUACCAAACAGUAGUAUAUGUUGGCACAAAUGGAAUAAUCUCAUUCGAAGAACCAUUCAUUAGUCAUACGCCCAUGCCAUUCCCAACGGUUUCUCCUGUCAUAUAUGAUCGAUAUUUGCUAGCUCCAUUUUGGGCUGAUACUGACAUAUCAUUCAACGUUGGUAAUGUCAAGUACGAGGUUCAUGCCACUGCAAGCAAUAUUACGGGAUCCAUUGAUCUCAUUGGCCGUGUGAGUAAUUUCAUUUCGAACAAAACAGAGACAACAUUUGAAGGAAGCUGGAUGUUGGUAGCACUAUGGGAUGAGGUUCCUCCUUAUGCAGGGUUCUUUGUCCCUGGACCAGAGAGGAACUCGUUCCAAGCAAUUGCCAUCACCAAUGGGGCGGAGUCUUAUGCUUUGUACACAUACAAGUGUGGGGCGAUGGAGUGGUCUGAACAAGGAGUCAUUGGUUAUAAUGGCGGAUCUCCUACUGACUACUUCUUUUCCCACCCACUCUCUGGAACAGAUGAUGCUCAAACGAUAGCUUGUUUGGAGUUCCCAGACAGCGAGUGGACUAAUUUAUUGUACAAUAUAAGCAUUGAUGAAGUGGUCACUUUGCCACCUCCAGUUAUAGUUGAGCCAGGCCAAUCCAGUUACUUGAUGUUCAUCAACAAAACUGGCAUAAACCAAGUAGUGCUCCAGUCUUGCGAUGACUGCUACUCCGACUUUGUCAGCCUGCCCGAUGUACCUUUUGGGAACUACAGACAUUCUGAGGCUUACAUAUCCACCAAUGGAAUAAUCUCAUUUGGUAGUUAUGAAGUAGUCACUGUUCCUGUACCAUCCCUCUUCCCCUCAACGAUCAGCCUUAUCCAUUUUGGUUACAUCAUUGCUCCUUACUGGGCCGACAUAGACACUACUCACCAAGGAGAGAUUUGGUACGAAACACACAUCAGAGGUGAUGAUAGGAUAUCCAAUGAUCUUUUGGACAAAGUGUCUGGAUUUGUGAAUGAGCAGACGGAAGCUAGCGGAUUUAGCGGAACGUGGAUGCUUGUUGCAACAUGGGACGCUGUGAGGCCUUAUUCAGGACAGAGCAACGAGUUCAUUACAGAUGAGAAUACCUUCCAAGCAGUGGUGAUAACAAAUGGCUCCAAAACAUACACAGUCUUCACAUACAAGUGUGAUCUCUUAACCUGGAGUGAGGAAGCAACGAUUGGAUACAACGCUGCUUCGGACUACUUCCAAAAUCACCCCCUAGGUGGUACUACAGUAACAGAUGCUCUGGAUUGUGUGCACUCUUCAACGGAUGGCUCAGAGUGGAAUAACGUUGUGUAUGACCUGGUACCCGGGACUGUGAUUGAUGGACCUACACCAGAAUCACCAAACUCAUUUGGAUCUUGUAUUGAAGCUGGAUACACUAGUUGUUGUACGAGCUUUAACUGCAUGGGAUCCCCUACAGACUGUUUCUGUGAUAGAGGGUGCCACCAGUUUGGAGAUUGUUGUCAUGACAUUGAAGACAUAUGCAAUGCAGUGACGAUGUCUGUGAAUGCCACUCUGCUGAUAGCCACUCAGUAUUCCAUCACACUACUGAACGGAUCACAAGUCGACAACCUUCUACCAGUCGAUUACAACUCCUAUUACACAGCCAUUGACUACGAUUAUAACCGAGGCUGCAUCUACUUCUCAGACAUUGCCCGCAGCCAGAUACUGAGAGUAAAUUUUGCUGGUUCAAACAAACUGGUCAUUGUUGAUACUUUCAACGGCACACGUACAGUGGAUGGUAUUGCUGUGGAUUGGGUGAACAAUAAGCUGUAUUGGACUGAUGCAUUUUACCUCACUGUGGAGGUAAUCGACUUGGCAUCUUUUGAGAGGAAAACGCUAUUCAGUCUUGCCUCAGGUUCUACCCCAAGAGCAAUCGUCGUUGACCCCGCUACCAGCUACAUGUACUGGACUGAUUGGGGCAGCCCUGCAAUGAUUGAGAGAGCCUCCAUGGAUGGUAGCAAUCGACAGGUCCUCCACAAUACCGGUCUAGUUUGGCCGAAUGGACUCACUAUUGACUAUGCUGACCAGCGAAUAUAUUGGGCCGAUGCCAGCCUUGAUAGGAUAGAAUACUCCAACGUCGAUGGCUCUGAACGUGUUGUCUUGGAAACGGAAGCAAACGGACUUUUUCAUCCUUUUGGAAUUACUCUGGACAACAAUGUUUUGUACUGGAGUGAUUGGUUGGAUCAGACUAUAUUCUCUACGCACAAGCUAAUAGGGCAGAAUAUUGUUCCGAUUUAUGAAAACAUACCAUUUCUUCCAAGUGGAGUUGUGGCCGUCAGUGCCAGCAGACAAAGUGCAAUGAUCAAUAACCCCUGUGAGGAUCACAGCUGCUCCCACCUGUGUCUCCUAUCCACUAUAACCCCAGGCUACACUUGUGCCUGUCCUGAUGGUGAACAGCUACUGGCAAAUGGAAUAGACUGUACAAAUGCUCCUACAACGAUGCCCACCAUACCACCAGUCCUGGGUAGCUGUGCCAGUGCUGGAUACACCGGAUGCUGCAACAGUGGUGUUUGCAGUGGUGACACUGGCACCUGUUACUGUGAGAUCGAGUGUGUUGUACUUGAGGACUGCUGUUCAGACUUUUUUGACCUAUAUGUGCCAGUUCCUAUUGGGAACCUUGAGGUCCUCCCGCUUGGUGCAUCCUCCCUCAACGUCACAUGGUCACAAACAGCUGACUUGCAAGUAUGCAGUGAUGCUUACACACGAGUCGAGAUUGUCGACUACAAUGGAGAAGUCAUCUUUAAUGGGACAGUAACACCUGAAGUCACAUUCCUCGUUGUCAAUCAGGGAUUAGCCAAAUGGAUUCCGUACACUGUUGCAGUGAAGUCUGGCAACCUGCUGACCACAUCGGAGACAAUUACUACUGUUGUCUUUACUGAGGAAGGAGUUCCGUCGGUCUCGCCCCAAAAUAUUAGUAUCGAUUGGAUUUCCCCAACUGAUAUGACUGUUAGUUGGGAACCACUAACUCUCAUAGAGGCCAGAGGAUUCGUAGCCUCAUACGUCAUCACUUACAGUCCAGUCAACAUUGCCUCUACUAAAAAGAGACAGACAGGUGGUGGACGUUUGGUAGUGCCUGGAAACACGAGUCAGGUUACCAUCGGCAACCUCGAGGAGGGUACAGCAUACUCAGUGAGUGUGAGAAGCAGUACUCGAGCUGGUGUUGGAGUGUCUAGCGAUCUUCUCAGCUCAGGUAUAGGACCAGCAGCAACUGGUGCUCCAAAUGUUGGAGCUAGUACUGGAGGAAUUGCCGCUGGUGUCAUUGUUGUAUUGAUUGCUGUCGCGGUUGUGAGUGCUCUGUUGGUCGGUUUGUUUCUACUGAUGAAAAGAAAAAGGAACAAGUAUAAUGUGACCGAGGAGUAUGCACACUUUACGAAUGAAGAUGAAUCAGUCACCCUCAGCUGUAGUGCAUCACGUGACAUGCCCAUCACCUCAACACAACAAGUCCCUGCUCUUUCCUUUGGUGAUGAGCCUACCUACCAAGAGAUACAAAAAGGAGGUUUUGAUAAUCCUGGAUACGAAACUUUGCGUGAAGAGACAACAGAAACUGAGGCUCAAUAUGCUUCAAUUGGAGAAGUUCCACCGCUGUACGAUGAUGUUCUGGUGAAUCGAAUAGUCAGUGAGGAGCCUAGGUAUCAGGUGGUUGGUAAGCUACAAUUACAGAGCGGAAAAGUUGAGAAUAAACAGGAUCUUGCAGAGAUGGAGAAACAAGAUCUCGGGUCAGUCCCACCUGCUCGUAAAAAGAAGGACACAAAGAAGUGAUACUCUGGGUACCAGCGAAUGGAUGAACAUUAUAGAUUAGUUUAUACAGACUAAGUAGUUUUUAACACCACUAUGCAUGCAAGUAAAGACUGAAAUAAGUAGAUCUGCGUAGCUGACAGCAAAAUUGUACACACACGUUUUUAUAUCAUUUUUAACUUAUCAUUUUUAACAAGUCACAAUUAUGACGUUAAUUGCAAUCCUUUUUUUAAUUUAACCAAAUAAUUAUUAAUAACAGCUGGAUUAUUUUUCACAGUCACUAUCA